AUGGAGCCUGGCUGCACCCCUCCUAAACCCCAUUUAAGGACUGAGUGCCACUGGGGAAGGGUGUCUUUCUGGAGAUCCCUCCUCUGUGGAGUCUUUCCUGUGAACCUAGGUCUUCAGGUACAGACAGUUCCACUGGGGCUGGGAGAUGGACAGUUGUUCACCUGGACUGAUGGACUGAAAAGGAAGGAUUGGCACGAUUAUGAAAGUAUUCAAAAAGAUGCUAUGCGUUCAGGGAAAGGUGAACAUGGAAAGCCGUACCCUCUGACAGAGGAAGACCAUGAUGAUUCAGCUUAUAGAGAAAAUGGCUUCAACAUAUUUGUUAGCAACAAUAUAGCACUGGAGCGAUCUCUGCCAGACAUCCGACAUCCUAACUGUAAGCACAAGGUGUACUUGGAAAAGCUACCAAAUACCAGCAUAAUUAUUCCAUUUCAUAAUGAAGGCUGGACUUCCCUCUUGCGAACAAUACACAGUAUUAUCAACCGCACUCCAGACAGCCUGAUUGCAGAAAUCAUUCUUGUGGAUGACUUCAGUGACAGAGGUAAGGCCCAAAUGGCUUUGUUUUAUUUGAAAGUUUUUAUGAAACCUGGUUCCUGUUGAAAUGAAAGUUUAAGGAAAAACUGAGAAAAAA